AUGGGUCUCUCCGACUUUUUCUCUGAGGUCGUCUCCUCCCUGGGCUUCGCCGAGGCCCAGGCUGAGGCUCCCGCCCAGGAACCCGAAACCACCCAGGACGAGUCCUCCGACAAGACCGAGGAGAACACCGAGUCCGAAUCCGCCGAGGAGACCCCCGCUGAGGAGUCUUCCGAGGAGGCCCCCGAGGAAGAGGAGGCCGAGGCUGAGGCCGAGGAGGAAGAGGAGGAAGAAGAGGAAGAGGAAGAGGAGCCUGAGGACAUCAAGCCCAAGCUCGAGGAGGAGUGCGCCAACUCCGCCCAGUGCGCUCCCUACAAGCACCACUUCGACGAGUGCGUUGAGCGCGUCACCCGCCAGGAGGAGGAUGAGGACUACAAGGGUCCCAAGGAGGACUGUGUUGAGGAGUUCUUCCACCUCACCCACUGCGCCACCGCCUGUGCUGCCCCCAAGCUCUGGAGGGAGCUCAAGUAAACGUCUCACCCA